CGAGGCGAGCAAAACAUUUUCCACCGGCUCUUUCUCUUUGUCCAUCCACCACCGUGCUGAAGCAACAUCCACAGCAAGACCAUGGCGAAUGUUGUAGAUACAAAACUAUAUGACAUUCUCGGAGUCUCUCCAUCCGCAACUGAAAAUGAACUGAAGAAGGCAUACCGGAAACUGGCGAAAGAAUACCACCCUGACAAGAACCCAAAUGCUGGUGACAAGUUCAAAGAAAUCAGCUUUGCUUAUGAGGUGCUGACCAACCCUGAAAAGAAGGAGCUUUAUGAUCGCUAUGGAGAGCAAGGCUUGCGGGAAGGAGGCGGGGGUGGCCCAGGCAUGGACGAUAUUUUCUCCCACAUCUUUGGUGGUGGACUCUUUGGUGGUGGACUCUUCAUGGGCCAGGGGAGUCGCUCCAGGAAUGGAGGUCGGAGGAGAGGAGAGGACAUGGUCCAUCCACUCAAGGUGUCACUGGAGGACCUUUACAAUGGCAAAACAACUAAACUACAACUUAGCAAGAAUGUACUGUGUAGCACUUGUAAUGGGCAGGGAGGCAAGACGGGUGCUGUACAAAAAUGUACAACAUGUAGGGGGCGUGGCAUGCGCAUCAUGAUCAGACAGCUCGCCCCAGGGAUGGUCCAACAGAUGCAGUCUGUGUGUACUGACUGUAAUGGUGAAGGUGAAGUUAUCAGUGAGAAAGACCGCUGUAAAAAAUGUGAAGGCAAGAAAGUGGUGAAGGAGGUGAAGAUUCUGGAGGUACACGUGGAUAAAGGCAUGAAGCACAGCCAGAAAAUUACCUUUGGAGGGGAAGCUGACCAGGCACCUGGCAUCGAGCCAGGGGAUAUAGUCCUUGUCCUGCAGGAAAAAGAGCAUGAGACAUACAGGCGAGAUGGCAAUGACCUGUUCAUGAACCAUAAGAUUGGGCUGGUGGAGGCGCUGUGCGGCUUCCAGUUUAUGCUGAAACACUUAGACGGCAGACAGAUCGUCGUGAAGUACCCUGCUGGCAAAGUCAUUGAACCAGGCUCAGUCAGGGUGGUGCGAGGAGAGGGCAUGCCCCAGUACCGAAACCCUUUUGAGAAGGGAGAUUUGUAUGUCAAGUUUGAUGUUCAGUUCCCCGACAACAACUGGAUCAGCCCUGAGAAACUUGCGGAGCUGGAGGACAUGCUGCCCUCACGGUCAGAGCCGCCCAUCAUCACUGGAGACACAGAGGAGGUGGACCUGCAGGAUUAUGAUGUCAGCCAGAGCUCGUCAUCAGGUAACCGCAGAGAGGCCUACAACGACAGCUCCGACGAAGAAAGCGGACACCAUGGGCCGGGAGUACAGUGUGCCCACCAGUAAUCUCAUACUCUGUCUCACACACACAUAUGAUCCACGUACUACUUUGGAUGAAAAUGUAUGAGUUGCGGAGUAAACAAGGAGGUGGGUCAGGCUGAAAAGGCUUGGUAGUUCCUCAGACACAGAUCAGAUUUAUUGAAUCAUGGCACCUGGAGUUGUUGAUUAUUGUUAUUGACUGUGUGCUUGGAUUAUUUUGAUCUUUGUCUGAGGAACUCACACUGGGGCAGCCCAAAACUUAUUACACUGCACCUGAAACAGACAAACAGUAACUUCAGGUAGAAGUCAGACUAAGUAUUUAAGAUUUAUCAAAACAAAUGGUUGCCCCAGUGAACACUGUGCCCUGUAGGACUAUGAUCUGGUGUUCAAGGUGAACCCCCCAACCCCCAACCCCCACCCCCCUUCUAUUCCUCUGUCACCCCUGUAUAAGUCCAUUCCCAUCUGCUAAUGCGAACUCCAGAUCAAAGGAAGGAAUGUUUCUUGUUUGCUGAGUGUGUGACUUGCAUUUUGUUUUCAUAGUAUUUACAAUAAUUAAUUUAAGAACUAACUAAUGUGCAUACACAGAUAAAGCAGCUGAGUAAUGUGACGUGCAGAUCCUUGGACUUGUGUAUUCAUGGACUCAUCCACUCAGCGCCAUACAUAGGAUUUGUUUCAGAUUUUUACAGCUUUAUUUUCUUUGUAGGUUUUUACUUGUGUUAUUCCUCUCUUUAUAUUUUAAUUCCAACAGAAAAUUGGUUAUUGUGUAUAUCAUUGAACUGGUUGUUGGUAAACUUCAUCAGCUGCUGUAUUCAAAGCUGUGUGAUUUUUAAAAAAGAAAAAUGACAGGUGAAAAUGAGAAAAAACCUAUAGCCUGUAUCUGUGCUGAGACCAUUUGCAUGUAAAAAGCUUUGGUUCCUGCACUAUCAAACAUCAGUCAAAUAAAGCAGCAGACUUCUUAAGAAAAUGUCUAUGAAGUUGUUGAAUAAAUUGUUGAAAUAUCAUGCA